ACUCUGCUUCUAAAGAGAGGACCUCAUUUGUGUCAGAACGAAACACAAGGAGCUGUUGAUUCAGUCAGCUCCACAUUGACGCUGUGUAAACUUCUCAUUUCAAGUUAUGAAAACAAAGACAAAGAAUCAAACUUGGAGCAUAUGUGUUGUUAUUGCAAUCUGCCGGUGUGGGGUAAAGUAGUUUAGUGUAGCACACGGGUGAGAAAAAGGGGGUCCUUGAUUGCAACAUCAAACACUUGUGUCGUCACUCGUCAGCGAUACGUGCAAGCACUGCCUGUUCCAAAAUAAAUAUUGACGUGAAUGUUGUAUUCAAAUGAGCUGCCUGGCCGGACACAGGCGGGCCAAUCAGAGCCCAUCGUAUCAUCACACCUUCUUUUCAGAAAUCAUUCAUAACGCCGAUGCGUCAAACACUCAGAGAGGACCCAGCUAUAAAUACGGCUGCGCGCAACGCACAGUUAGACAUUUUCCCAAAAUCAAACGAAAGAUAGCCUACAACUGAGCAAGAACCGUGAGAAUCCGGCUUUUUCCUUUGAUUAUUCUCUCUAGCUUGCUUUACAUUUUAUAUUCUAUAUUUAGUAUCCAGCUCACUAUGUUGACCAUGGGUGGAUUAUAUUUGAAGCACGUCGUGGUGGCAGCGGUGUGCUCCGUGCUGUCCACAGGGACGCUGGGGUCCCCAGUGGUGGGACAAGAGCCGAUCCGAUGCGCCGCGUGUACUCCGGAGAAGCUGAGUCAGUGUCCAGCGGUGGCAUCCGAAUGCGCUGAAGUGUUGCGGGAGCCCGGCUGUGGAUGCUGCCUCGCCUGCGCCCUGACGGCCGGGGAGCUGUGCGGGAUCUACACAGCGCCAUGCGGCUCCGGACUGAGGUGCACCCCGAGACCUGGCGACCCCCGGCCGCUGCACUCCCUCACCCGGGGACAAGCAGUGUGCACGGCGAGCACUGAGCCCGAGACGACCCCCGAGCCCCAGACACAAGAUCAGGGAGAGCCAGAGGCUGAGAUGGAGAACUCAGCCAUCGUCUCGGACCCCGGCUCCAGCCACUACCUCCCCGGGCACAGUAAGCCCUACGACCCGAGGGCGCCUGCCGACGCUCAGGAGAGUAUGAAAGCCAAACUCAUCGCCAUCCGCAAGAAACUGGUUGAACAGGGGCCCUGUCAUGUUGAGCUACAGAGAGCCUUGGAUAAGAUUGCCAAAUCCCAGCAGAAAUUGGGAGACAAAUUAACCAGAUUCUACCUCCCUAACUGUGACAAACACGGGCUUUAUAAACCCAAACAGUGUGAAUCCUCUCUGGACGGACAGAGGGGUCGAUGCUGGUGUGUGAAUUCCUGGAAUGGCAAGAAGAUUUUAGGUUCGACCGACCUGCCUGCAGAUGCCGAGUGCCCUAAAGAGAUCAACCACUGAUGCCGACCUGACAACAAACAAAUAAGAAGAAGCAAGCCACUGAUUUUUCCUUUUUGAUAGCUGUUUAUUUAUUGAUCUUGUCCAUGGUGGUGUUUAAUUCAGGUACACUGUCUUUACGGGACUGUGGGUCCCAAACACCCAGAAACCCUCCCUCCCUCCCUCCUCUUCAAACACCCGUCCCAAAGAGAAAAAAAAUCUAUUUUUGUUUUUCUGUAAAGGAGAUUUUAAUAUUUGUGCAUUUACUUCUAUUCUUCAGCCUUAUUUAUUUCCAUUGUAUUUCAAUGUAUUUGUUUUUCGUAAUUAUUCUAUGAGUAUUUAUAUCUUUUUUUGCCUUAUUAUUAUAUUAUUAUUUUUAUGGGUGUAUAAAGUGUAUUUAUGUAUCUUGGCCCUGAGUAACUCCACUGCUGAGUUGAGCUCUCUCUCACCUUGUCUAGAGUUUGGUUUAUGACAAACCAAGCAAGAACAAAAGCACUGAGUGACCAAAUGUUAUUUAGAAGUAUUUCUAAAUGUUGUUUUUAUGAAUCAUUUUCACAUUGUUGCCAUUGUUACAUCCUUUUUGUUUUGUUAUUGUCUUUUUUUUUCUGAUGUGACACAUGAUCAGCUCUUGUCAGUAAAUGCAAAACUCUCAGUCGGGAAUCCUUAAACAGUCUCAGAAAACAUUUCCCAUGGAUCCAUGGGGUUGCAGAUAGCAUGACAGGUGGUGCCUCCCUGCACCGCCUCUCAGACGGGUAUAUCUACAUUAACCUACCUCCAAUAUUUAUGUGUCUGCUGUCAGUUGUGUUGAUGCAUUUGUCAAAAAAAGACAUGCUGUUUUACUUUAUAUGUUGCUGUUCUCUCUGACCAAGAACACAUGACCACAAAGAGCGAGUCCCUGGCUGUGCUCUAUCUACAUGCUGCUGUUGGAGAGAGAAUUAUUGUUUAUGUGAGUAUAUUCCAAAGUGACUAACUGCUCACUCGUGUGUAUGUACACUUUUGUAAUUGAGAUGUAAAAAGGUGAUAUAUUUAAUAAAAACAUUAACCUCA